GAGGCCGACUGGACCUCAGGCAUUGGACAGCCAAUCACGCCAUGCAUCUGCUCGAGGUAGCUCAUUGGCGGAUGUGUUUAUACUGGAAUCGAACCAUGGCAACUUAGUCCACAACAGUACCCACUCAAGAGGUUUCAUUUUACUCGUGGCAUCGGUCUAGCCUUGUGUGAAAGGCUUCUGACUGAGGAUGCUCGGCUUCGUCUGUGUCUGGCAUGCAGAAACAUGCAAAGGGCCGAGGCUGCCCGCUUCGCCCUCUUGACGUCUCACUCCGACGCCCAUGUGGAUUUACUGCACCUUGAUGUUGGUUCUGUGCAGUCUGUGCUCACUGCUGCCCAAGAGCUGAAGUCCAGGUACAAGAGAAUUGACUUUUUGUAUCUUAAUGCAGGAAUUAUGCCCAAUCCACAUGUGGAUAUAAAAGCCUUUUUCAAAGGUUUAUUCUCUAGGAACAUCAUCAACAUGUUUGCAACAGCACAGGGUAUCUUAACCCAGCAGGACCACCUGAACCCUGACGGUCUACAGGAAGUGUUUGCUACCAACCUGUUUGGUCAUUUUCUCCUGAUUAGAGAGCUGGAGCCUCUGCUGUGUUCGGGGGAUCACACAUCACGUAUCGUGUGGACCUCCUCAAGUAACGCCCGCCGCACCGCUUUCAGCAUCGAUGACAUCCAACACAGAAACGGAACUGAGCCCUACAGCUCUUCUAAGUAUGCUUCUGACAUGCUCAGUGUGGCCCUCAACAGACACAAGAACAGCCAGGGGCUUUUUUCCUCUGUGAUAUGUCCAGGGCUGGUGAUGACCAAUCUAACAUAUGGCAUCCUCCCCUCCUUUUUGUGGACUCUCAUAAUGCCAAUCAUGUGGCUGAUCAGGAUCUUCACAAAUACGUUCACUCUUACGCCGUACAACGGAGCAGGCUCUCUGCACUGGCUGUUUCUUCAAACGCCAGAGUCUCUGGAUCCAAGGGCAAAGUAUCACAGUUUAACAUCAGGACUCGGGACAAACUACACAGAACCACAACCGAUGGACAUUGACGACAGCAUGUGUGAAGAGCUUUAUGAAAAGCUUCUUCAGCUGGAGAAAGAAGUCAGGAGAAGACUUGCCGACAGACCAGUCAACUCUUACACACAACCUAAUUCACUGUAACAUCAUAACAUCGUAACAUCAUAGACUUGUGUGCUACGUAUGUAAAGCAAAGGUUUACCUUACACCAAAAUAUAAUACUGUGCUCUUA